AUGAUUGGGUCCACGGUAGGCGAGCAGAGCUGCAAACUGAAGGCCAAGUUCAACCUGAAGGGCUACAAGGCUGUGGAGAUGAAGAAGGUGGUGAUCGGAGGGAUGUUCUCCGUGCACAACAGGCUGGCAUCCACCGACACCAACACCUCGUCCAACCCUGUGUCCUCCGGCUGUGAUGGGUUUAAUUUCCGUACCUUCCGCUGGACCCAGACCAUGCUGUUCGCCAUUAAUGAGAUCAAUAAAAAGUCAGACCUGUUACCAAACAUAGAACUGGGCUACGUCAUCUACGACUCCUGCUUCACCAUCUCCAAGGCUGUGGAGGGCACGUUGACCUACCUGACGGGUCAGGACGAGGCUGUGCCCAACUAUCGCUGUGGAAACGGGCCUCCUCUGGCUGCGAUGGUGGGCGCCGGAGGUUGUGAUCUGUCAAUCGCCACAGCUCGUAUCCUGGGGCUCUACUAUUUCCCACAGGUGAGCUACUCUUCCUCAUGCUCAGUGCUGGAGAGCAGGUUUCAGUACCCCACGUUCCUGCGCACCAUCCCCAGCGACGAACACCAGUCGGUGGCCAUGGCUCAACUGGUCCUACGUUUCGGCUGGACCUGGGUGGGCACCAUCGCGGCAGACGACGACUACGGCAAGUAUGGCAUCAAGCGCUUCAAGGAGGUGGUGGAAGAGGCGGGCGUGUGCAUAUCCUUCUCAGAAACGUUACCCAAAUUCAACGCCCCGGAAACCAUCCACCGCAUCGUGCGCACCAUCAUAGACUCCACGGCCAAGAUCAUCGUGGUGUUCUCGUCCGACGUGGACCUGAGCCCGCUGGUGGAGGAGCUGCUGCGUAACAACGUCACCAAUCGUACCUGGAUCGCGAGCGAGAACUGGGUCACGUCGGCGCUCAUCGCCCGCCAGCCCGACGUCAUGUCCGUCCUGGGCGGGGCCAUCGGAUUUGCCGUUCCCAGAGCACACGUGCCAGGUCUGCAGGAGUACCUUCUCAAUAUCGACCCCUACCAGGAUGCUCUGACUGAGGAGUUCUGGGAAACGGCUUUCAACUGCACGCUGAGUUACAGCAAGGCGCUGAGGAACGCCCGGGCGCUGCUGGCUGCAGAGCCAGGAAACGCCACGGCGUCCCGGGUGGCCGGCGGGUUGGCAUUCGGAGGUUUGUGCACUGGGAAGGAAAGUCUGGAGAAACUGAACAACACAUAUUCAGACGUGUCACAGCUCAGGUUGACGUAUAACGUGUAUAAAGCCGUGUACUCGGUGGCACACGCCCUGCACAACCUGGCGUACUGUGUGCCAGGAAAUGGACCGUUUGUGGACGGAACUUGUGCCAAUAUUAGCAACUUUGAACCUUGGCAGCUGAUGUACUACCUGAAGAAUCUGCGCUUUAACGUUCCUCACACCGGGGAGGAGAUCUUCUUCAACGACGGAGAAGUUCCCGGCUUUUACGAGAUCCUGAACUGGCAGAGAGCGUCUGAUGAUGGAGUCACGUACACACACAUCGGCCACUACAACAGCACGGCGCCACCCGGUGAGCGACUCUACAUCGAAAAUUCCUCCAUCGUCUGGCACAACGACAUCAUGGAGACCCCGCGCUCUGUGUGCAGUGAGAGAUGCCAGCCUGGCACCAGGAUGGGUAUCCGGCAGGGAGAGCCGGUGUGCUGUUUCGACUGUAUCCCCUGUGCAGACGGAGAGAUUUCCAACACCACAGAUGCCCGCGGCUGCAUCCAAUGCGACGAGGACUACUGGUCCAACGCCAACCGUGAUGCCUGCGUACCCAAGACCACCGAGUUCCUCGAUUUCGGAGAGGCUCUGGGCAUCACUCUCAUAGUCAUCGCCGUUUUCGGUGCCCUCCUGACCCUGGUGGUGGUGGUGGUGUUCCUGAAGUACCUGAACACGCCCCUGGUGCAGGCCAACGACGCCCUGCUGAGCUUCACGCUGCUUUUGGGGCUGGUGGUCACGUUCCUGAGCUCCAUCGUGUUCCUGGGCAGACCUCAGCUCUGGUCCUGCAUGACCAGUCAGGUGGCGCUGGCGCUGGGGUUCGCCCUCGCCCUGUCGUCCCUCAUGGGCAAAUCGGUGCUGCUGAUGCUCAGGGCGAGAGCCAUCAAAGCCGUGAAGACGGCGGCCAAGGCGGCCAAGGUGGCGGCGGCCGCUUCCGAGCAGAGCCCGGACACGGCGGCGAUAGCGCCCGCUAUACCCCAAAAGAACGACAUCGAUCCAAUCAAACCCCCCCAGCAGAGGGCGCUGAUGAUCGUGUGUACGCUGAUACAAGCCGUGGGGUGCGCCGUGUGGCUCAUCUUGAUGCCGCCUCACCCGGUGAAGAACACCGCCGCCCAGAACAUCAAGAUCAUCCUGGAGUGCGACCCGGGGAACGUGAUCUUCAUCUGCUGCAUCUUCGGCUACGACGUGAUCCUGGCGUUCUUCGCCUUCGUCUUCGCCUUCGUGGCGCGUAAGCUGGAGGAUCACCUCAGCGAGGGCAAGUGCGUCACCUUCGGCAUGCUGGUCUUCUUCAUCGUCUGGAUCUCCUUCGUCCCCGCCUACCUGAGCACGCGCGGGAAGUUCAUGGUGGCCGUGCAGAUCUUCGCCAUCCUGGCGUCCAGCUUCGGCCUGCUGGCCUGCAUCUUCCUGCCCAAGUGCUACGUGCUGCUAAUCAAACCCGACAGAAACAAGGAGGAGCUGUUGGUGCCCAGAGCCAGACCAAAGGACCCCGGGGCCACCGGCAGCAUCUCCACCAUAGAUAAAUAAAUAUAGCUGACUCUCCAACCAGCAUUUCUAAAUCUCAGCUCGGUUAGAAUUAAGAUACGAUCAAAAGAAUUAAGAAAUUAAUUAAAAAUAAAUAAAUAAAUAAAUAAAUUAGAGCAGAAACUUUCUCAAGUGACCCACAUUCU